AUGGUUCGCAAUACUUACAAUCCUCUAAUCUACCUUUUCCAAAGAGUUGCUGUGGCACACAGAGACGCAAUAUGGAAGCCCUGCGAUUAUUCUUCAGUGUUGGAGACAUUCUAUCCAUUAUUUAUUGAAGAGUUGAGCGAGGAAGAAUACCAAUGUCUUGCAUCUUCACCAAACCUUGUUUUAGUAGCAACUUAUGCGCCCUUAUUCUCCAAACUCUUCUCCAAGACUUUACCUCCACAUGUAAUCUCACUUCACAAGAACUUGUUGGCUCUUCCAAAGGAUAAUGUUUUUGGUACCUUGUUGGAAGUUGUUGCAAAUGGAUACAGUCAAUCAUCUCUAAUACCUGUUAAAAUUGCUAUCGAAAUUGCCAAAGAGAAUCCAGAACAAUUUGCAACUACGCUCAUGCAAAACAAAAUUGGAGCAAAAGUAGAUACAAUCAGACAAUAUCAUGUGCAAGAUAGAGAACUGCUUAGUCAAUUUUACCAAAGCAUUGAUUUAAUUUGUAAAAAAAGGUAA